GUACUAAUAAUUGAGAGUUUUAUCGUAGAUGUCAGUGGUGCGCUUUUCAACUAUUGUUAUUAUGUGUGAAGCAAAUAUUAUUUAAAAUCAUCUUGAACGAAACUUACAGAUAAGCAGUAUGAAUUCAGAAUAUAAAAACUAAAUAGUUAUUCUUCUGUUUCGCAUGGGUUUCUCUGAUAUUAUUCGUAAAGUUACGUGUCAAAGGGUGUAAUUAUUUUGGUGCAUUAGUGGCUCCUGUGUGAAGAUGAAGAAUUCAAAGUAUCCAAGGAAUUUCUGAUUGAAACAAUGGUACAUUAAUCUGAAACUCAAACAAGAUUUCGGCAGUUGUUCUGCAAUCAAAUAAAAACGUUGGACUUGCACAAAUAGUUUGGUGAAAUUCAGUGCAAUGAUUGUACAUCUUAAAAGAUUUGUAUUGCCAUUCUGCAAGGUGGAUAAAUUUGGAAGAUUUUGUACAAGUUUUGUUAGACAUGAUUCUUCCCAAGCUUCGUCCAAAGUCUUAGAGCAUCUGAAAAAUAGGAGUUUAUUGCGAAUUAGAGGAAAGGAUGCUUCAGAUUUUCUACAAGGAUUAAUUACAAAUGAUAUGAAACACAUUGGGGAAGGAGCUGCUAAUUUAUAUGCAUUGUUUCUAAAUAUAAAGGGUAGAGUGUUGUAUGAUGUUAUUGUAUAUAAGAGUCAGGAAGAUGAUGUAUUUUACAUUGAAUGUGAUUCGCAAGCUGCAGGUUCAUUACAAAAGCAUUUAAAAAUGUAUCUUGUUAGGAGGAAGAUAGACAUAGAUAAUAUAGAAAGCAACAUAAAUGUUUGGUCAUUAUUCGAUGCUGUCCCAUAUGCAAUUAAUACUGGUACUGAUAAUAGUAGGCAAAAGCUUGAAGGUGCAAUCUUCCCAUGUGGUACUCUUAAUAAUAAGUCAAGUAAAGUAAUAGAUAACAUUAUGAUCUAUGAAGAUCCUAGACUUUCAGAUUUAGGUAUUAGAAUCUUGGCAGAGUCAAAUGUAGGACAAAAUGAAAUAAAAAAACAUUUGAACUCUGAUAUAUCUAUUUCUGAUAAUGCAUUAAGUUACAAAGCAUUUCGCUAUAAACUUGGAAUACCUGAAGGCAUUAAUGAUUUACCACCAGGUCAGCCUUUGCCUUUAGAAAUUAAUUGUGAUUACUUGCAUGGAGUUAAUUUUCAUAAGGGUUGUUACAUUGGUCAGGAAUUAACAGCGCGUACUUAUCACACUGGUGUAGUCAGAAAACGUAUAAUGCCACUAUUAUUUGAGGAGCUUCCUACUAAAUCUCUUUCUUAUGAUGAUAAAAUUGUAGACGAUUCUGGUAAUGUAGUGGGUAAAUUUAGGGGAAAUGAAAAAGAAUAUGGUUUGGGUUUAAUGAGAAUUAAAGAAUCUUUGAAUGCCAAAUCUCUUACUAUAUUAGGUAUGAAAUUGAAAAUAGCAAUGCCUAGUUGGUGGCCACAAGAAUUAGAAAAUGAAAGCACUACUGCUGAUAGAAAAUAAUGAAAGUAAUUAUUAUUCAUUUACACAGAGUGUUGUCUCUAUAUGUAAAAUUGUAAUAUUUAAAUGUCAAAUAAAUUUACUACGAG